UGGCGCCCCUCUUGCCCCAGGCUUUCCCCCCAGGCUCCGGCCUGGAUACGCUUCCUUAGCAACGGGUUGCCUUUGGCAACAGGAGGACGCUGGGCCCCAGGCUGGGUUUCCCGCGCGUUCCUACACCUGCUUACCGUAGAAGGCGCAGGCCGAACCAUGUCGGAGAUUCUGUGCCAGUGGCUCAACCAGGAGGUGAAGGUGUCCCAGACCGUGAGUCCCAAGUCUUUUGCAAAGGCAUUUUCCAGUGGUUAUCUAAUUGGAGAAAUUCUGCACAAGUUUGAACUUCAGGGUGACUUUUCAGAAUUUUCAGAAAGCAGGGUUUCAAAUGCCAAACUUAAUAAUUUUUCUCGCUUGGAGCCAACACUUCACCUUCUGGGUGUGCAGUUUGAUCAGAAUGUGGCCCACAACAUCAUCACGGAAAAGCCUGGGGCAGCAACAAAACUUUUGUAUCAGUUGUACAUUGUUCUUCAGAAAAAGAAGAAAAGUGGACUGACUGGAGUGGAGAUACAAUCCAUGCAACCCCUGGCAAACGCCAGACAGCAAAGCAUGAAAAGUGAGGCUUUUCGAGACAGACUUAGAAACCUGAUACCACGUCAAACUGAUUUCAAUCUGAUGCGGGUUACACACAGGUUUCAAGAAAAAUAUAAGCACAUGAAAGAAGAUCUUGUCUGCAUGCAUUUUGAGAAACUUGAAAAAUUUCAAAAACUCAAGGAAGAACAAAGAUGUUUUAAUAUUGAAAAGCAACGCUUGAGCAGAAGGCGACAAAAUGAAAUAAUGGCCAAAAUCCAAGCAGCUAUCAUACAGAUUCCUAAACCUGCAUCGAAUCGUACUUUGAGAGCACUUGAGGCCCAAAAAAUGAUGAAAAAGAAAAAAGAGGCAGAGGAUGUGGCUAAUGAGAUUAAGAAGUUUGAAGCCUUAAUAAAAAAGGAUCUCCAGGCCAAACAAAGUGCCUCCAAGACUUCUUUAGAAGCAGCAGGCCAGACAACUACUGAUUUGUUAAACACUUAUUCGGAUGAUGACUAUAUUAAAAAAAUCCAAAAGCGCCUUGAGGAAGAUGCUUUUGCACGAGAGCAAAGGGAGAAAAGACGGCGGAGACUGUUAAUGGACCAGUUAAUAGCCCAUGAAGCACAAGAGGAGGCGUAUCGGAAGGAGCAGCUGAUCAACCGGCUGAUGCGGCAGUCCCAGCAGGAGCGCAGGAUCGCCGUGCAGCUCAUGCAUGUUCGGCAUGAAAAGGAAGUUUUAUGGCAGAACAGAAUUUUCCGAGAAAAACAGUAUGAAGAAAGACGACUUAAAGAUUUCCAGGAUGCUCUUGAUCGAGAAGCGGCUUUGGCCAGACAAGCCAAGAUUGAUUUUGAGGAACAAGCCAUCAGAGAGAAGGAAAUUCAUGAACAGAUUGCUGUGGAAAGAGCUCAAGCUCGUUAUAAAAAGCAUUACACAAUAUGUGCAGAAAUUUUGGACCAAAUACUUGAUUUGUCCACUAAAGUGGCAGACUACCGGAUGUUGACAAAUAAUAUGAUUCCAUAUAAGUUGAUGCAUGAUUGGAAGGAACUGUUUUUUAAUGGAAAGCCCAUAUAUGAGCAAGCCUCUAUUAAGCAUCUACCAGCUAAGCCCUCUGCAGAACAACUUAUAGAACUGGAGAAGAGAGACUUGCUCGAUAGCAAUGAUUAUGAAGAAUAUAAGAACAUGGUUGGAGAGUGGGCCUUACCAGAAGAAAUGGUUGAUAAUUUACCACCCUCCAACAAUAACAUAUUGGGUCAUGUGAUUCACAGAUUAGUUGAAAAAUCUCAUCCUCCUCGAGUCAAAUCAACAGGACCAGAAUUACCUUCAUUUGCUAUUAAAGGGUGCUUACUGGGGAAAACAUUUAGUGGAAAAACCACUGCUCUAAAGUCUCUACAAAAAGACUUUCCUGUUCAGAUACUUUCUAUCGACACUCUUGUCCAAGAAGCUAUCAAAGCAUUUCAUGACAACGAAAAAAUCAGCGAGGCUCUACCAACUAAGCAAGAAGCUGAAGAAGAGACUCUACCAGUUCUGCGAGAGAAGAGCAAAGAAACCCAGGAUCUACAGAAUGUAUCUUCACCUUAUCCAGUUUCGGAGGAAGCAUUGCCAGAAACAGAAGAUAAGACUAUACUUAGUACUGAUACAAAUAAAACUGUAAAAGUUGAAGAAGUCAAAUCAAGUGAUAGUUUCUCUGAACUGACUGCGCGUGCUCGGCUUGGUGCAAAAUCGGAAAAGUUGCUGAAGAAAGGAAAGAGCAUUUCUGACAUGUUGCUAGUUAACAUCUUGGUAAAUGCUAUUAAUGAGAUCCCUGUGGAUCAAGGAUGGGUCUUGGAUGGUUUUCCGAUGACGUUAAACCAAGCAAAGCUUCUGGAGGAAGCUCUCACGGGCUGCAGCAGAGAGGUCCUAGAACUGGAGGCAAAGAAAGCACAAAUAUCCACAUUGGCUAUUGAUCCUACAGCCUCCAAAGAAGUGCCUCCUCCCCCUUCUGCCCUUGAUUUUGUCAUAUUAUUAGAUAUUUCAGAUAAUUCCUCCCUGGAUCGCAUGAAUGGCACAGUGGCUGAAGCAUUUUCAAGUGAAACUUCUCCUGAAAACAUCAUUCAACGUGUAGCUGCUGAAAAACAAGAUAUGGAUGCGGCUCAGAAUCUAAGAGACCAGAUUCAGCAUAGAAUUAUAGGCUUCUUGGACAACUGGCCAUUACUGGAGCAGUGGUUUACAGAGCCAAAAAAUAUUUUGAUAAAAAUUAAUGCUGAAGUUGAUAAAGAGUCUUUAUGUCGCAAAGUAAGAGAAAUGUUUACGACUGAAAUAAUGAAAAAAGAGAAUGAAGUUAAAAAGAAAUUGGAAGAAAAGGAAGCUGAGAAAAAAGAAGUCCCGCCGGCUGAGCCUCUGGCUCUUCCCCCUCUGCCUCCCCAUCUUGAGCCAGAAAAAGAGAAGGAAGCCCAGCCUCAGCAGGAGCUUUCGAGAACUCCUGCAAAAGGGAAACCACCAUCAGGUUCUCCUAAAGGAAGAUCACCAGUGCGGAAAGGACCAGUAAAGAAAUCACCUGCCGAUUCUACAGACGUGUUACCUGUUCCCAUAGUGACACCGCCACCUAAGCCAGGAUCCGAAGAAUGGGUCUACGUGAAUGAACCAAUUCCUGAGGAAAUACCUUCCUUUUUAGUACCUUACUGGGAACUAAUAGAAAAUUCCUAUAUAAACUCCAUCAAAACAGUACUCAGGCAUCUGAGAGAAGAACAGCAUACUGUGAUUUCUUACUUAUACAAAGUUAGAACAAAUUUCCAGCAUUUUCUACGGCGUCCAGAUCACAAACAAGAUUUUGUAUCUCAAUGGCAGGCUGAUUUUAAUGCUCUUCCUGAUGACCUGUGGGAUGAUGAGGAAAUGAAGUCUGAACUACACCAAAGAGUAAAUGAUUUACGAGACCGCCUGUGGGACAUCUGUGACGCCCGGAAGGAAGAGGCCGAGAAAGAGCGUCAGGAUAUCAUUAAUGAGAGCUGGUUGCAGGACUCAAUUGGAAUAAUGAUGAACCAUUUCUUCUCACUAAUGCAGGCAGAACUGAACCGUUUCCAAGAUACAAAGAUACUCCUUCAAGAUUAUUACAGGGGAAUGGAAGGCAAAAUCCCAAUCGAUGACAUUAAGAGAUUUAUUCGAGUCCCAUUGGUCCAACUGGAUAGUAGAGAGAUUUUGGAAAGCCAACUUAGAAUUCCUCUAAUUUCUCGAAUAUCCAUAUCCCUGGAUUCAGCUAUGUCUAAACCAAAAACAAAGUCCAUCCUGAAGGGCAAGAUCGAUUACUCCCUGGAAAAUGUUGAGGCAAACUUUGAGGCAGAUGAGAAGUUGCUGAUGGACACCUGGCAGCAGAGUUCUCUAGCAAUAUCUCACAUGGUGGCUGCUGAAAUUCAUCAGAGGCUUAUGGAAGAAGAAAAGGAAAACCUGCCAGCAGACACGAAAGAAAAAUCUCCUCAGAUGGGUACAAAUAAAAAAGUCAAAAAGGAACCACCCAAGAAGAACAAAGCAGACAAAAAAGCAAAAGGCAAAUCACCACCAAUGGCAGAAGCUGCCCCUGUGACAGUGACAGCAGACGAGAUUGCCCAGAUGGAAAAGAGAAAAGAACUGAUGCUCAAAAUCAAGGAAGAGCACCUCGCUGCCCUGCAAUUUGAAGAGAUAGCCACGCAGUUCCGGCUUGAACUGAUAAAGACAAAAGCAUUGGCUUUCCUUGAGGACUUAUUAACGAAGGUGGUCGAUGUAUAUAAACUCUUGGAAAAGUGGCUUGGUAAGAGGUACUUGAAUGAAAUGGCCAGUGUGGAAAAGUUAACAGAGGCGGCUCGCUAUCACAUUGAAACAUCUACAAAAAUUCAGAAUGCACUUUAUUUAGACCAAGAAGAUUUCUUCAUUAAUGGCGAUUUGAAAGUCUUUCCAGACCCCCCUCCUCCAGUGCGCCCCCCACCUGUGGAAAAGGAAGAAAAUGGCACCCUGACCAUCCAACAGCUUGACAGUCUUCGAGAUCAGUUCUUAGAAACCGCACCUAAAGGCAUAAUAGGACAUAAAGCAUUUACUGACAUCCUGCUGGAUCUGGUAACCCUGAACCUUGGAACAAACAGCUUACCUAGCAGUUGGAUGCACCUCACUCAACCCGAAUUGCAGGAGUUAACAUCUUUAUUAAUAGUAAACUCGGAGUUUGUGGACUGGCGGAAAUUCCUAUUAGUAAUCUCGAUGCCUUGGAUCAUCCCCAGGAAGGAAGAGCUCCUCGAGACCCUGCAGAGGUUCAAGGCCAUGGAUGAAGAGCAGUUGGGCACCAUCACUUUCGAGCAGUAUAUGCAGGCUGGCCUGUGGUUUACAAGAGAUGAAGAUAUAAGAAUUCCAGAAAAUCCUCUUGAACCCCUGCCAUUCAAUAGGCAAGAGCAUCUUAUAGAGUUUUUCUUUAGGCUAUUUGCUGACCCUGAGAAGGAUCCACCUCAACUUGACUACACACAGAUGCUGCUUUAUUUCGCUUGUCAUCCAGAUGCUGUGGAAGGGGUCUACAGGGCCCUCAGUGUGGCCAUCGGGACUCAUGUCUUCCAACCAAUCCAAACGACUCCUGUUAUUACAGAAAAGACCUCCACCUUGACUGACGCGAGUCCGGUUGAGGAAUAUCCCCAACUCAAGGGAAACUUUGUGAGUGAGGAAAGGGAACUAAGAGAAGACAGGGAGGGAAAGGAAGAAAUCCCGGAGAACGCCAACACUGAAAAGAUUUCCAUGGAAAGACUACUCAAAGUAUUCCAAGGAGGAAAGGAAGUACAGGAUGCUAACAGAUUUGCGACCCACCUGCAGAUGGAGAAUGCUUACUCAGAGAACUUCAUAAAAGUAUUUCGAGACCUCGGUGCCAAGAAUCUGGAGCCAGUUGAAGUUGCUGUUCUUUUAAAGCAUCCUUUUAUUCAACAUCUGAUUUCAAAUUAUUCAGACUAUAAAAUCCCUGAUAUUAAAAUAAUUCUCCAAAGGAGUGAGGAUGUAUAAGGAAGUGAUGGAGAGAGAUCUCCUUCGAGGCUUACAGAGGAAAAGAAAUGAAGACAAGAGUGUGAUUUUUAUAAUUUGACAACGAAUCUUCCAAACAUCAAUGUAAACAAGGUGUUGGUCAUAUAUGUUGUCAUUGUAAGUAUAGAAAUGACCCCUACCAGGUUAUGAGGAGCAAUGAAAAGGGGGCCUUCCUUAACUCAGAGAAUAUUCUAUAAUAAACCUUAAUUACAGAGCAAAGAUAUAAAGUAAGAAGGAAUGCAUUCUGAAGUGAUUCUGAAAAUAGACGGCAUCAGACAGUAUGUUCAAAAAUAAACACACACAUAAGUCUUGAGAAGUCCAUAUGAGAAGCAGGCAAACAGGGGGCGAACAUAGUGAAAACUGCCCGAAGCUCCACAUCAGGGAAGUACUGAUAUGUACAUUUUGUCGUUCUCGCUCCACCUGCAGUGGAAUUCCAAGCUCCAUCCCACCCGCCGAAAGAAGGCUGCAUCAUCAGCUGCUGGUACAGCCACCUCCUAUCUUCUAUUCCUGAUCCUUUCCUAACAGAAGACGAUGUUUCCCAUAUAGAUGGAUGUAUUUGUAGAAUUAUAUCUUUUUACUUGUAUAAAUUAGUGACUCAAAUUCAGUGAUACUUACCUCAAGAAAAUGUUUUCUUUUUAAGUGAGUGAUAACGUAUUCUCAGUGGUGGGCCUUCUGUGAAACCCCUGCUUGGUCCCCAUCCCCUCCCUGGCUGCUCCUUCUGAGGCUCUCUGGCUGCUGGAUCCUCCUCUCUUUUACUCAACCUCCAAAUGUUGGAGGGCCUCAGCACUCAGCCUCCUCCAUCUAUAGCCAAUCCCUGGAUGACUCAUCGUUUCCAUUACUUUGUUGGUACUGUAGAGGCUAACACUGAAAUUUCUAUUCCCAUCACCCCUGGAAUCCAAGCUUGGCUCAUACUGUCCAUUUGAUUACCAUAUUGAUGGCUCAUAGUCAUUGCAGAC